AAUAUAUAUCACCAACCUUUGUUUGUAGAUAGUUUCGCAACAUACCGACAAAUUGUCCAAGUUUCAUUAUUUGGAAAUGACACGGAGGCAUGCGGUGCCAUGGAAGCACCAUGCCGAACAAUAGCAGUGGCAGCAUUGCGAGUUGCGUCAGGUGGAACCAUUGUCCUUAAUGGGAACGGGACAGACCAGCAACCGUUCGACUGUAAGAAACUACUUACGUUGCAUUAUCGUGGCAUUCCGCAAAUUACAAGGAACGUAACGAUAACUAGUCUAAACUUUACUCGAGCCCACAUACGAUGCCUGACAGGGUUUUGUUUUAAUCGGUCAGACGAAGAUCUACGAGUCACUUUAACUGGAAUAACAUUCUUUGAAACACCCCUGAGAUUUAUAGACUGUUCUGAAAUCACACUUAUCAACUGCACCCAUCAGAACGCCAAUGAAGCUGUCAUUAUUAACACUACAGCUAGCUCAAUAGCAAAUGUCACCAUUCGAGGUUCUCUCUUUCAAAACAACUCUCGCCAUUGUGUGAAAAUACAAUUUUCUGGAGGCUCUGAGAAAGUCUUGAAAUUCUCUUUAGAUAUCAAGGACACUAACUUCCUGAACCAUGGGAUUUUAGAUUAUUUCAAAAGGGAAGUUCUUGUAUUAAACAGUUAUAUUUCUCCCAAGAUUGAUCUGUCUAUCGCUGUUGAAAAGGUAAAGGUAGCUCACAGCGGCGGCCCAUUUCUAGCGAUCAACCUCCCCAAAGCUAGUACGUCAGAGAAGUACGAUGACGUCGUCCUUGAGCGGAACAACUUCGUUAUCUCUAAGAGGACGCCUCGUAGCCUUUACUAUUCAGUAGCCCAGAAAGCCAAAGUAACAUUUCAUCGACUACAGUGCAAGGAUAAUGAUCAGGUUAGGUGUGUAACAAUCUUUGGAAGGAAAAAUGCAACACUUUUAGUCAGAGUCCACGAAUCCCUUUUUUACAAUAACAGCGCAUACCAAUCAGGGAAUAAGACAUUGCUUGCGGCAAUCUUUCGAGUUGGGGGAAAGGAAAGUCAUUCUGGAACUGUCAUAAUUUCCAAUACGUCUUUUGUCAAAAAUAAUAAAACGGCCUUAAGCAUAACUCCUAAUUUUUACUUGGCCUUAGUCAACGUAACCAUGUCUUCUUCACUGAACGGUUUGGGCAUCUUCUUCUCGGACUGGUAUUAUAAAAACAAUUUUCAUCUAAAUGUUACUAUCGAAGGCUGCAAAUUCCAGAAUAACACUCACGACAUAUAUGGUUUACUUUACAACACCAUUAAUAUCGCCUUUCGGGUGAGAAACACACUGUUUGACGGUAAAGAAGUACAGAGGCAUGUGAACACCACUUUUGGUAUUCGUCUUAUUAUACCUCGUUUACAGAGGACAAAUGUUUCUCAAGCAGCAAUUGAAAUAGAAGAUGUGACGUUCAAAAGCAGACCCAGCAAUUCGUUUGCGUUCUUCUCCAAGGGUAACAACACGAUCAAGAUUCGCCGUUGCUUGUUUCGAGACGGGUUUGGUCUUGAAAUAGACGAAUGGACGAGAACAUAUUACAAACACCAGGUCACUGAUAGGACCAGCCAAGGGGCACUCAUGUUCCUUUUCGAUACGGAUGAAAUAGAAAAUAGAGGAUGUGUUGAUAAUGGUGUGACAAACAAUACCCAUCGCACGUGGAAAUACUUCAAUCAUGUCUUGCUCGAGGACACUACGUUUCAAAAUAACCUUGGACACAAGGCAGGGGCUGUUCAGAUCAUCAAUAGCUAUGUCAAAUUUCGAAGAUGCGAGUUCAUUAACAACUUUGCCUCAAGUGACACAGGACAAAUUUAUGUUGGACACGGAAGCGCCAAAGUUGAGUUGAACAGCUGCGUGUUCAAACGGACGAAGCUAAGUGAGGAAUUCCGAGGGAUUACGUUUCGUCAUAGAAGAUUUUUUUAUUCAGAGAGUGGAGGCCCGAUAAAAAUACUCAACACCUCUUUUCACUCCGAUAUGGGAAACAGGUCCACACGGGGACCUGUUAUACAAAUAAAAUCCGGAGGCUACUUCGAGAUGGACUCUAGCUCAACAAUCCAAUGUGCAGUUGGCAGCGAACUCUACUUCUCCAAUUUCUCUCAUUUUAUUUACGACGAAGGAGAUGACAGAAACUUUUGUCGAAUAAAUUUAACAUCUGAGAUACUCAGUUGCAGAAUGUGUUCCUCUAAAAUGUACAGUCUUCAACGUGGCUUUUCCAGAGGACUAGAAGUUAGCAAAGGCUUCAGAUGUCAAAACUGUCCAUUUGGUGCCCACUGCAAUGGACCCAACAACAUUCUGGCAAAGCCCAAUUUCUGGGGCUACAAAAUCACAAACUCUAGUAACAUUUCAUCCUUGAAAUUCUUACCUUGUCCAUGGGAGUAUUGUCGUCCUCAACGCAAAGAUUUAUAUCAAAGUAAUGAUUACAACAGUUGCCGUGACUUUAGGUCCGGUAUCCUGUGUGGAAGAUGUGCCGCAGGAUACUCAGAAACGCUUUUCUCGUCAGAAUGUCGACAAUCCCACAAAUGCAGAUGGAAUUAUCUUUGGAUUCUUAUGGGAGUUUACACCGUAUUGUUUACCAUUUAUCUAUUGAAGAAGCCUCCACUGGUUCUGUAUUUGAAACGUCAAAUUCUGUGGUUUAAAACAGAUGGACAGAUCUCUUUCGAGAUGGAGGGACAUUCAUCUCUGCACAAAGCUGAAGAACCGGAGUAUGGUUAUAUGAAGAUCGUCUUUUAUUUUUACCAAGUUGCAGAGUUGCUUCUCACUGAAUCAUUGGAGAACAUAUUGGCCAAUGUUCCCUAUAUUUCCACCUUAGUUGCCGCGUUUAACUUUCAAGUCCACGUUUUGGACGAAAACCUCGGCUGCCCAUUUGCCGGCCUCACAGCAGUGACCAAAGAGCUGUUCUUAUCUUCCCUCGUUUUCGCUGCUAUUGCGCAAGUUUUCAUCGUUUACUUCCUUCACAGGUCGCUGAAUCUGGCAAUGGGAAAGGGAAGACCAUCAUUCACUCAUUACGUCGCGGUUGCAGUAGAGAUUUUGUUACUGGGCUACGAGCGUCUGGCAGAAACAUCUCUUAAACUCAUGCAGUGUGUUCCCAUCGGCUCCAAAUGGCGCCUCAACAUCGAUGGCAACAUCGUUUGCUGGCAAUGGUGGCAGCAUGGUCUCUUGGCAUAUACUGUUAUAUUUGUGGUCCCGUUUGUCGGCGUUCUGUAUUGGGGUUCUGGUCUGCUCUACGCCAAGGCAAUUACAUGGAAAGAGUUUGUUGGCGCUUGCAUUGUUCCCCUUCCGUUUCUCGUUCGCUGGCUCCUCAAAAGUGUAUGCAGCAGACAGAACCGCAGAAAAGCUCAAGUGCACCAUGAAUGCAGCGACGAAAUAUCAAAGAUAUUACACGGUCCCUUCCGCCCGCCACGUGAAAAUGAUCGCGGCACUCUCUACUGGGAAAGUGUUUUGAUAGGCAGCCGGCUCGUUCUUCUGACAUUCCGCGCCUUCAUUCCAAAUUCCAUGAUCUGCUUCCUCUGCUUGUCCGUGGCCUGUAUUCUGAUGUUAGUCCAUCAUCUCGUCAUGAAACCCUUCCGUCACCCGACUGCAGACAAACUCGGAGCGUUGUCUUUGAUCACGUUGGCCUGCAUAGCUGUGAUCAACCUUACAUCGGCUACUCUUUCCUCUUCUGCCACCAAGCCUGAGGGACCCGACAAGCAUGUUAUGGUGGUGCUUCGAUGGAUCUUGGUCGCCUUUCUCUGCUCAUUUCCUGCGCUGGCUGCUCUCCUUGUCCUUUUUGCACUUCUGUCACAACUGGCCCGUCUUGCGUUGUUCAUCAAAAGGAAGAUAUGCUCAUUUUUUUGCCUAAUAAAAUUUCAUUACGAGUUUCUAGACGAGAGCACCGCUUUGCUGACUGACUGA